AUGCAAAAUGAUAGCUGGAUUCAAAAGGGAGAUGCAUCACACUUGGAAGAAGAGACCACCACCACAUUCAUUGUGCGAGAGGAGGAGGUAGUCAUCGUUGUACUCGUCCUCGUCGUCUGGGUCUGCGUCAUUGUACUCUUCUUCAACAAGUGGGGAAAGAUACGCAUGCUGGAACCAUACCAACCACAAUAUCAUUCGCAUCCUGUUAUCGCCAAACCGAGUCGCCUGCCCCUUAAUGAUGCUCUGGCUCCUCUUGAACGAUUCAACCUGGAAUUCGGUGACGCGCCUACCCCCUUUCUCAUUAACACAAUGAGGCCGAGGCAGAACUCGGUGUUUGUUUACAGCCCUUAUCGUAGCAGAAGUGGUUCUGUGCUCUCUGAACCUAGAAUGCCUCGAAAGGUCAAAAGUGCCGAGGAUAUAAAGUCAAUGGUAAUACAAGUCGGUGAAAACGAUGGUCUUCAACAAUCGACUGCUCUUUGAAGACUAGUAUCUGUUGAUUUUCCGUCGAACCCCGUGGUAUUUGAAAUCGUCCCCCUUCAGCUGAAACAAUGAAAAAAGUUAUAAAUUUUAUUUAAUGGUUCAAGUUGUUUAUAAGUAUUCAAAAAGAGUUUAGAAGUUUACAAAUGGAACA